UGAGAGAAAUCAAGAUUUUUCCAGAUGAAGAACCCUUCAGACUCCCCUGUGACUUUACCCUGCACUCCGCAGGCCUGCGAGACGCCACCAUCUCCCCACAUAAAUAGUUCAAGAAAACAACCUAUGAGCGCAGCACUUCGAGAACGACUAAGGAAAACAAGAUCAUCAUUUCCUUACUGUUACAGUAUAGUAGAAGGACUUAAAGUAGAGAUUAAAGAAAGUGACCCAAUUGUUGCAGAGAAACCAUUGUCUUCAACAGAAGAAAACUGUUUGGAAUAUCAAGAAAAUUUUAAACAUGUAAACAAUGAAUUGGAAGAAAGUAUAUGUUUGAAAAGUACCUUCAAGAAUAUCAGUGCAGAGGAACAAACAAGAUGGCGGAUCGGUGCAUGUGAAUCUAAAUCAGAUAGUGCUCUCCAAAAUAAUUUUGUCAGCAAGAAUCUUCCCAAACAAAGAUUACAGGAAGAAAAAGCAAAUUUGGUAAAGCAGAUUCAAGAGAAAGAAGACUUUCUUCAGAAGUUAAAACUAGUCAAAAUGUAUAGAUCAAAGAAUGAUCUGUCACAGAUAAGGUUGCUAAUACAGAAGUGGAGGAAGUGCAGCCAGCUGUUACUUGAUGAAUUGCAGUCAGCUUUGUCUGAGGAGAAUAAGAAAGGAAAUCUCACUGAGUUGAUAGACCACUAUGGAUUAGAUGACAAACUGCUCCACUAUAAUGGAAGUGAAGAAGAAUUUAUAGAUGUUUAA